AUGGAGUCCGACAACGGUCAACGCCCUCCAACCGCCGGAAACACUGGUAGAGAUGACCCACCACCCGCUUCGCGCCCGUUAGAAACCAGGGAAGAUAUUAUCAACAAAUGGCUCAAAGAUAACUACAUCGACUACAAUCAUCUGGGAACCCCUCUUGCGCUCAAAGUAGAUGAAUUCAUCAAAAUUGUUGCAACUCAAUCUACAGACCCUGACAAUAGUUGGCUAGACAACAAUGCACUGGAACUGGCUGCAGUCAUUUUGACGAUUGAACUGAAAAACCGAAGCGAUAUAGUCAUCGUGCCAUCAAGCGCCGCCAUCAGCCUGGCCCGCAUCGGUCAGUGUAUGUGCGGCAAGGAUGAGUUUGAGAAAGGUGUUCUUUCGACCGGAUGUUAUGCUGCUAUGAAGAAAGAGAACGUACGAUGGAUCGUUGUUCCCGUGACGGAUGGUAUGAUUAGCAGAGACGAAAGCUCAAUACCUGGGGGCGGCAGACAUUGGGGCUUCAUGAUAAUUGACAAGCAGAGAAAUGAUGCCAGAUGGUUAGACGGCCAUGUGACACUUGAGAAGAACCGCAAGGGCAAGUGGUGUAUAACAAAAAUGUAUGGUGCAGGACGGGUUGCUGGUAAGAUUCUCUGUGGAUACGAAAAAGUUAUGGAUCUCAAGCGAGGGCAAUUCACAGCAGCAACACUCAAACAUGUCCCUAAUGACACCAAAGAAAAUAGCUAUAAGUUCGAUCAAGGCUCAGCGUGUGGACCAUGGGUGUUCGCUAUGCUUGAAUAUAUACUCGAUCACCCGAAUUUUCUCACAUGCGCGGAUGGACUCUACGGCAUAUUUAGGCACAAAUACAGGCAGCGGCACGGGAAAGCCAUGGCCUUUCACUCAUUAGCAUCGCGCAAGCGCAUACAGGAGAUUAUUCGGGGCGUGGCGGACAGCAACCUAGGAGAUGAUGUAUUGCCGUACAAGAUGAGUACGCGCAUUUUGAAGAUUCUCAACUAUCCUAGCACUGUCGAUCUGUUGGUUGGAAUCAAUUUCUUUAAUCGAAGCAAGACAUCUCCACCUGAACGUGGCCAUAACGGAAAUUCGGAGAAGGGGCUUGAUGACGAUGACGAUGACGAUAACGACAGCGACGAUGAUAGCGACGAUGAUAGCGACGAUGAUAGAGAAAACAGCGAUGAAGCGGACGAAGGUCUGCAAAAGGCAAUUGAAGAAAGUUUCCAUUCUAACAAAAAGAAUUCGGCACAAGGACCUCAAGGAGCUCAGGGUCCUACGAAGUCAAGGAAGCCUUCAGAGCCCCCAAGCAAGCCUCCGUCCUCCGAGCAAGCGACCUUUAAUGUGAUAUAUGAGGUCUUACUUCCCAAACAUAUCCCAAACUUCGAGCCUAUGACAAGCGAGGAAGUUCAAGAGUGGGUCGAUCGGCUUCCGUCCAGCACUAAAACUCGUACGAGCUUGAUGAAUACGUGGGGUCAGAAAGCUGUUCUCCAAAAGCUAUUCGGUGGUUUUGAUGAAUUAUCCCAAACGCAACUGCGGUCUUGGCGGGAAAAGGAUCCACUGUUCAAGGAUAGCCACGGUGUGGAAAUCGAACAUGUAACUACAAUGCUGCAAGAUAGCGUCAAAGACAUAAGGGACAUCUCGUUACAAGGAGGGAUAAUUUAUUACCCUCUGAGCUACCUGGAAGACUUCGCAGUGCGAAACACAGUAGAUCAAGCAACAUUAGAGGCGGGUACAAAACUCGGGAACGACAAUUUGGAUGAUGAGGAUGGUGAUGACAUCUUUAAUUACGACUAUGAGGCCGAAGAAAACGAUCCGAUCCUACCACAACCUAAAGAACCAAGUGAGCAACCAUCAGGCGUGGAUACCUCUAUUAAGCGGAAGCAUGUGAAGGACAACGCCGAUGCACCCACAGCGAAAAGACUCAAGCCGUCAAGACCAGACUUUCUAACGAUGAAAGAUUCCGAGCUACCCCUCUGGCUUGCGAGCGUACCUGAAAAGAAGAAAGCUCCGCUGCUCGACUCUGGAAGGAAUUUGAUUGAUCCAAUCCGUGCACGAAUUCACCUCGAGGGCAUAUUCAACGGUACGUUCCGAGAAUGGGCGGCCGAGGAGUCUUUUUCUGAGAUAAGCAAGGAAGAGAUCAAGGAAUGGAGAAAGAUGGUAGACGGUGGAAAGGGUUUUAUUAAGGAUUUGGUACCGUAG